AUGGGCGCCUCCGAGAGCAAGCUAGCCCUCAAAAAGCACAUCUUCGAGCUCAACAGCAGACGUGGCAUCCCGCACAAUGACCCCAUCUGGACCGCGCUCUGGACACUUCCUGAACAAGUCGACGAUGUCUUCCAGCUCUGGUCGCCGAACGACAUAGCAAAUCUGACGCAUUCCAAGGAGAGACGUCCACAGGGCGUGCAAGCCGAGCCUGACAAGAACUUCGAGACGUUGGUCUACGUUCUCGUUGCACGCCUGCGGCUCCUCCAAACGACGCAGAUCCACGCCGACGACCAGCAGACCAAGAACAAGGAGAUCCUGAACUGCAUGAGGACAAUGACCCGUGUCAUACCCUUCGCCUUUGGCGCACCACACCUCUGUCAAUGGCUUCAUCGUUUCCUGUGGCUCCCGCGUAGACCGGCCUUUCUUAGAGACAAUUGGCCCAAUGGACCCAUCAAGUUUUUUGACGGUCUGGACCCAACGACGGAGUAUAGCGGUGAGGACUGUUGGGAACCGAUCGGGCCUCCCCUGGGAGAGACUAUUCUCGACUUGAUGGUCAAGUUCUGCUUCUUCCCGGGCUUCACCAUCCCAAAGAGGCAGGACGAGGACGGCAAUCCGACUUUGGACACCGCGAUCAGGGUAUGGACCAGCGGCAUCGGUAACAGCAGGCCGCAGGGUAGUACCAAGGAGAACGAGAGAAACCAGCAGGAGACCAGUCGGCUGCUCAUCUGUCUGAUGAGCCAGGUCAUGUACACCAGUCCGUGGGAGGUUGCAACGACCGACAUCAAACCUCUGACGUACAUGACCACCAAGCUGCCACAGCGAUCCGUCAACGGUCUGCUGUGCUCGCUUCUCAAUACGGUCCUGAAGUACAACCCAGGAUUGUGGAGUACGCCAGCCGAAGUCGUUGUCAGAGCCCACGAGAAUCGAAAGCAGCUGGUCACCAACUGCCUGCACUUGAUCCUUGUCUUGACAAUAUACGAGCCGCCACCCGAUGCCAUUCAGAACCAGUUCAGACGUGCUUUGAGCCAGUUGCACCGACCCAACGACUUCCAAUUCAUCCAAGCAGGCGUCAAUCAGGCCUUGACACAUCCGAUAUCAACGGCAGUCAAUCCCUACUAUUCGUUUUCUAAGGAGAAACCGAUCCCCUGGGCUCCCGAGCUCAUUGCGUUCCUUUGGGAGUUCGUCCAGUGCAAUAAGAGGUUCCGGCGAUAUCUCAUCGACACGUCCCGCAUCUUGGACUACGUGAUCAUCUUGCUGUACCAUGCGAUCGAUUCCAAGGACGACCCGUCCAAGCAGGGGGUCUUGCGGAUGUGCAUAUACGUGCUCCAGACUCUCAGCACGGAAGACAAGUUCGCCCAACAGUUGAAUACGUGGUUCCGGCAUCCCGAGACGCUGCCUCCAGUCAUGCGCAUUGCUAACUUCCAUGGCUCGUAUGUGGACUUCUUGAUAUGUUCGAUCCAUUCGAUCCUCAUGACUGCUAAGGGCGGCCUGGAGCCUCGAUUCGAUUCGCUGUAUCCUGCUCUUCUGGCCAUUCUCAAGAACAUCGCGCCUCAUGCCAAGAACCUGCAGCGGGCGACGAGCACGAAGCUCAUGGACAUCAGCCAGAAGUUCCUGGCGCCAGGCUACUUGCUUCGCAAUGACAGUAAUAACAGACUGCUUCUGGAGCUUAUGGAGGUCCUGAACGCCAUCGUGGAGAACCACGUCGCCGAGAACCGCCGCUUCGUCGAGGUGCUGGUCGCCAACAAGAAGCGGUUCAAGUCGUUGCAGGAGUACAACAUCGAUGGCGCUCUGGCCGAACUGGACCGUCUGGCUCAGCAGCGGAAAGACCGUGGUGAAGAUGCAUUGAGCAUCAACAGUCCGUUGUCUGGCUCUCGCCCUGCGUCGUUCGAGAGUGCUCGAGGGCCUCCGCCCGCUGCCUCUGCUAGGUCUUCGUCGUUAGGUGAUGUGCCGGAGAAUGAUAGGUUUGCCAUAGGUGACGACGAUGAUGAUCAGGAAGAUGAUGGUGGUGAGUCGGAGGAGGACGAGGAAACUCCUCAGGCUUCGUCAACAACAGCAACAUCCAACCUAGCGGAAGGGACUUCUAGUCCGCGUCUCAGCGAGAAGGCACGCGGCAAGCAGCCCGCGACCACCACCGUCUCCAUAGCCUCCGCCUCCUCACGAACGCCCUCGACGACGAGCAUUCCGUCUCUGUCAAACAAUAAUCUCACACAGAACACCUCCAACACCACCUCUGAGACAACCUCAGCCUUCAGACCGACACAGGACUGGCUAGACACCUGGCUGCCCCGACUACAAAGCCAAGUCCACACCCUCCUCCAAGCCAUCGAGCUCGCUGAGAAGAAGCAGAUACAUUUCGUUGAAACAGCACCAAGGAUCUCCAAUGGAGACUUUUCCAGCUCUGUUGCCCAGGAGAAACGAUCAGCAGCAACCCCCCCCGCCCCCAACAGCUACCCCAAAGAAGCCUUCCAGUGGACGCCCAUUGCCAUCGGCUGGUACACCGCGCUGAUCUGGUCUCGCAUCUAUCUCUCCGAAGCCGAAGCCUUCCAAGGCUCCGGCGGCAUCUACAGCAGCACGAACAUCCUGCUCUUCAAGAGAUCAGCGACGACGCAGGAGAUUUCGUUGCGCAGCCCCAAGGGCGCCAUCGACGCGGUGGGGAACUCGCUGGCGCAGAGGAUAAGUAGUAUAUCUAUGAAGUAG